AUGGCUCAGGCAAUGAUUGGCGAUUUGCAAGAUGUCCUUAAAGUUGUAUUUUCUUGGGAGUGCCUCGCUUCCACAGUCACAUACAUUGAACUUUGCAUAGUCUUGGACAUGAAUCGAAGCCGGCACAUUCAGCUUCUGCUAAGCAUACAGCGUUUGGAUAAGGACAUGUCCGCCAUAUUUCCACACAUCCAGUGGCAUUACGAGAAGACGCGGAGGAAGUACAACCACGGCACCAUUUUAAUCAACACAGUUUUUUUUACUUUGUCUCUGGUAUUCGUCUUCUUCACUGUGAACUGCACUUGCGGUUUCGCCUCCUCCUUAAUUGGUGCCAUCACCUACAGUGUGUUGACGGCUAAUUGUGGAAUGCUAGGCUUCCUGCACGCUGGAUUUCUAGACCUACUGCGCGUACGUUUCCGCCUAAUUGUCAAGCUACUGCAUCAACUUUAUGCGCAGCGCAGUGACGUUCAAAGAAAUUUGGAGGAGCAGGAACUACACCAACGCAUUGAAAAACUGUUUGAGUUUUCCAAACGGUGCUCCCAAUAUCUAGUUGACGUCAACAAUGUGUUCAGAUUUGUGAGCAUUAUCGGCAUCUUCUACGACUUUAGCGUUAUGACCUGUUUCGGUUAUAUUGUGUUGCAAAACAUAAUAGAGUCCAAAACAGAAGCCACCGAAUAUGUUUUUGUUUCACUCUUGAUAGCUAUGCAUUUAUACAAGGUGAUCGUAACGGCCAGUUAUGGCCACCUAUUGCACCGAGAGAAACGUAAUUGUCAUCAGCUUCUGAACAAGUACGAAACGUUCUUUGAAUGCGAGCAUCUGGUGUUGGUGAGGAGCUUGGUGGACAGCUUUCAGCAUUGGCUUAAGCACAACGACUACAGUGCUACCAUUGGCGCCCAUCUGCGGUGUGAUGUCUACGUCAUUUAUAUGGUUCUUAAUGCCGUUGCUAAUUACGUCAUUAUUCUGGUGCAACUACUUUUCCAGCAAACGAGUCUAGAGGGUCCCACACACCGGCACGUAAUGAGUAAAGAUGUGGAAAUAAUAAAACCUUAA